ACGCCCCCUUGUGGCAAACGUCCAGCCAGCAUGCCGCACGCCAGCUCAGGGCUCAGGCUGAUGGGACAGACUGGGCUCUCUAGGUUCAGCCUCGGAAAAACUCAGGAAAGUUCUGCCCAUGAGCCUGGUUGAUUCAAGGAAGAAACUCCAAGUGACAGCCUGAUCCCGUCCCAAGCGUUUAUUGAGAUUUACAGUCGCCUGCGGCAUACCCUCCAGCACAGACAUUCGAAGUGCCGUUGACUGGGGCAGAGGUUUGAGUUUACAUAAGGGGUUGAAGAAUGUUGGCUCAGGGCUCAAUUUGUUUUUAAAAGGACUUCCUGGGGAACAACCUAAAUGACUGUUAGUUCCUGAGACUAGUUAAAGAAUUAGGUUUAGGCAUGCUGGGGAAAGUGCAGCAAUGGUCACACAUCAGUAGAUGUAGUGUAUGAUUUUGGUCAGGACACACAAAGAAAAUGGGAGGGAGGAGGAAGGUGGCAUCAGGGCACCUCACAAAAAACCUGAAGCCUCAGCAGUCUGCUUCAUAAAUCAUAUCCUUGGCAGACAUUAGUAAACAAACAGAACUCUUGUUAAGCCAAGAGGAGCCGCCAUAAUUCUGAAGAAAGUACCAGAGGCUUCAAUGAAAACCAGUAAUGUGAAUAAUUGGCAUUGACAAAUGGUAACAUGCAUCUGUCAUAUCACUUCUCAGUUCCCUGUUUCCAUAGGAAAUGUAGUGUGUGUGUGCUGAAGUAGCCUGACUGCACCAUCUGUGAAUCCAUGCCCUUUAAAGGUGCUGAAACCUACCCAUCCAUUUUCCAACUGUUGACAAACUUAUAAGUUCUGAUGUCAGGAAGUUACCAGGAUGUCUGAAACACAUUAGAACUGAACUUGACCUGAUAAUGCCUGGCACAUGGGAGAGUAUUGAGGGAUUGAGAUGAAGGGAAUAAAGAGUUCUGAAGUUCACUUGUGAUAAACAGAAGAUGACUAUGCAAGACGUCUUGAACUAAUGAAUUCAGGGAGUCGCUCGGUGGAGGUGAAGAUGCUGUCACCAGGGUCAGGCCGUAGAGAAGAUGCAAAGCUGGAGUCAUGUGUACUGCUUCUUGGCCAAGAGAGGCCAUUUCAGUUGGAUAUCUCCUGGCCUACAAGGAGUUUCUUCAGUGCCUUUAAGAACUUAUGCAGAUCAACCAAUUGAUGCUGAUGUGACAGUGAUUGGUUCUGUCCCUGGAGGAUAUGUUGCUGCCAACAAAGCUGCCCAAUUAGGCUUUAGGACAGUCCACAUUGAGAAGAAUGAAACACUAGGUGGAACAUGUUUGAAUGUGGGUUGUAUUCCUUCAAAGGCUUUAUUGAAUAACUCUCAUUAUUACCAUCUGGCCCUUGGAAAAGAUUUUGCCUCUAGGGGAAUUGAACUGCCAGAAGUUUGCUUGAAUUUAGAGAAGAUGAUGGAGCAGUACAGUUCUGCAGUAAAAGCAUUAACAGGGGGAAUUGCCCACUUAUUCAAACAGAAUAAGGUUGUUCAUGUCAAUGGAUUUGGAAAGAUAACUGGCAAAAAUCAGGUCACAGCUACAAAAGCCAGUGGAAGCUCUCAGGUUAUUGGUACAAAAAUCCUUAUAGCUAUGGGUUCAGAGGUCACUCCUUUUCCUGGAAUCACGAUUGAUCAAGAUACUAUAGUAUCAUCUACAGGAGCUUUAUCCUUAAAAAAAGUUCCAGAGAAGUUGGUUGUUAUCGGUGCAGGAGUAAUUGGUGUAGAAUUGGGUUCAGUUUGGCAAAGACUUGGUGCAGAUGUGACAGCAGUUGAAUUUCUAGGUGACGUGGGUGGAAUUGGAAUUGAUAUGGAGAUAUCUAAAAAUUUUCAGUGCAUACUACAAAAGCAAGGCUUUAAAUUUAAACUGAAUACAAAAGUUAAUGGUGCCACCAAGAGAUUAGAUAGGAAAAUUGAUGUGUCUGUUGAAGCUGCUUCUGGUGAGGCUGAAGUUAUCACCUGUGAUGUGCUCUUGGUUUGCAUCGGUCAAUGGCUCUUUACUCAGAAUUUGGGACUAGAAGAACUUGUAAUUGAACUAGAUCCCAGAGGUAGAAUUCUAGUUAAUACCAGAUUACAAACUAAAAUUCCAAAUAUCUAUGCUAUUGGGGAUGUGGUUCCUGGCCCAAUGUUGGCUCACAAAUCAGAAGAUGAAGGCAUCAUCUGUGUUAAAGGAAUGGUUGGCGAUGCUGUGCACAUUGACUAUAAUUGUGUGCCAUCAGUGAUUUACACACACCCCGAGGUUGCUUGGGUUGGCAAAUCGGAAGAGCAAUUGAAAGAAGAGGGUAUUGAGUACAAAGUUGGUAAAUUCCCAUUUGCUGCAAACAGCAGAGCAAAAACAAAUGCUGACGCCCUGCUCUUACCCAACUCCCUUCCAAAGCCCCAUCCACCCCGAUCUCCCCGGGCCUGUUUCUGCUUGGGGUAGACCUGCCCAGGCAGUGAGGAACUCCCUGAGCCUGGAAACACCCCACUCUUCUUUCCUGCCCCCCCCAAUUGACCCCUAUGGAGGCCUAACUCCUUCAGAGUGAGGAGACUACCAGGAGAGGCAAGACCAUUCAGAGCUGCGCACAUUGAACUCCUGGCCCCCACACAACACUGGGUGACAAGAGGAGAUAGAGAGACCCCUCCUGCACUCACUGGACGAAGAUAUGGGAAGAAGACAGAAUAAGAACUCAUUCAA